UUCACCAUAGUAGAUAGCGCUGAAGUAGUCGGAAAGGUACCAAACCCCAACGCCGGACAGGCUUAUUUUACGACAAGCGAUAGUACUUAUACUAAACAGCCCUAUUUCGCCAUUGGGCUAUCGAUAGGUCGGGAUCAAGCUGACUAUAGAAGGGUAUCAAUUGAUUUUGACCGCGGACUAUAUAAGUCGUUAUUUUGUAUUACUUUAUAUUUGCUUCGCUUAUAUAGUAUUCUAUUGUUUCUAGGGGAUAAUGCUUUUCAAUAUCGUUAUACAAGUAUUGCAGAGCUUCCCCAAUCCCCUCUAAGUCUUUAUAGACCUAGUAUAUCCUACCCGACUCGGGCUAAAAAAUUAGCUGCUCUACACACGUCUUUCCUGUGGUAUAGCGACCUCUAUACAGAAAACAUUUUCGUUAAUCCGGAACGGCCCACGGAAAUCUUAGGUAUUAUAGAUUGGCAAUCAACUGAACUAUUGCCUCUAUUUGAAUAUACCCGCCAGCCGUAUUUCCUGGACUAUAAUAGACCUUCGGUUAAGGGUCUUGAACCGCCAACCUUACCCGAGAAUAUCGGCGAACUUUCGUCAGCGAAGCAACUCGAAGCGAAACGUCUCUAUAUAAGUAUAUCUCUCUCGGCGUUAUACAGAAAUCUUAUAUAUCGCGACAAUCCAGUACUAUACAAAGCGAUAGAGUUUCGGUAG